AUGGCUGCUGAGAACUGCACUGUGUUUGCUGACUUCAUACUCCUAGGACUUUCUGGCAGACAGGAUGUGCAGCAGGGGCUCUUUGUGCUCUUCCUGCUGGUUUAUGGCAUCACCGUGAUCGCCAAUCUAGGGAUGAUCCUGCUGAUCAACAUGGACCCCAGACUCCACACGCCCAUGUAUUAUUUCCUGAGCAACCUGUCUUUCUGUGAUGUCUGCUACUCCUCCACUGUCGCUCCCAAGAUGCUGGCUGAUUUCUUAUCUGAGCAAAAAAGGAUUCCAUACAAUUUGUGCUUUCUUCAGAUGUUUCUUUUCGGGUUCUUUGCAGCUGUGGAAUGUGUCAUGCUGUCUGUCAUGGCAUAUGACCGUUACGUAGCCAUCUGUAAUCCACUUCUUUAUACAAGUGCCAUUGCCAUGUCCAGGAGGGUGUGCCUCCGGCUCGUGGCCACUGCCUACGUUGCAGGUUUGAUGGAUAUGACCAUCUUCACCUCUUGCACUUUUCCAUUAUCAUUGUGCAAUUCCAAUGUCAUCAAUCACUUUUUCUGUGACAUCCCACCCUUACUAGCCCUCUCCUCCUCAGAUACAACCAUCAUUGAAAUAGUGUUGACCAUUUCCUGUAGCUGUGUUGUGGGGUCCAGCAUCAUCACUGUCCUCCUCUCCUACAGCUACAUCAUAACCACCAUCCUUAGAAUGAACUCAGCAGAGGGCAGACGCAAAGCCUUCUCUACCUGUGCCCACCUAACAACCGCUGUGGGGGUAUUUUUUGGUACGCUCUUGUUCAUGUAUUUCAGACCCAACUCCAGUUACUCCUUGGACACGGACAAAGUGGCUUCUGUUUUUUACACAGUUAUCAUCCCCAUGUUAAACCCACUGAUCUACAGUUUAAGGAAUAAGGAUGUGAAAGGUGCCCUGAGGAAAGCACUAGGCACUAAGUUAUGUUCUGGGUGA